GAUCUUUGUCGUUUUCAAUACCACACCUCAACAGGAUGAAAUUUCCCGUUUCUCUUUUAAAGAAGUUAUCUAAAGUUUCUUUCCUGUCUUCAUCUGGUCGACGUUCCCCCAGUCAAUAUUAUAUAGCUUCUUUCCCGUGUUUCAGUUUCACAAAUCAUGUGACUUAAUUAAAAAUGUUUCUCGUCUUAUCACUUUACGACAUGCUCUUCACCCUCAAGCUGCUACGUGAUCAGGGACAAUCUUGGACUACUGUUAUGCCUUCAAUGAGAUAGAACGAAGACAAAUAAUAUAAACCAUGAAGCUCUACUUAUCGCGAUCAACUACAGGUAGGAUCGGGCCGCGUGGUUAUGGAGACGCGUAUUCACCGAACCGAAUGCCUUGUGCAGAACAACAAGGAGACCAUGAAAUACACCAACCAGAACCUGGCCACAUCCAGUUAUGUGUUCAUUGCUCCGAUAGGAUACGAGCUGAGCUUGCGAGGUCGUCUGAGGAGCUGCACAGAGGACGAGCAGAAGACGACCAGCACGAUGUAGUACAAAGGCAUCAGUUACUAUGAAGCGAAAAAGUGCACUCACACUCAAGAAAUUGGCUAGGAGUUAAGUAGGAAAAUAGCCACUUUUUUUGAGUGUGAGUGCACUUUUUUCUUUCAUAGUUACAAAUUCAUCCUCAAACUCCUCGUCGUCCUGCUCAACACCAAUACUGUUCGACACCAUGUCGUCAACGUCAUCCGCAAGACGAACGGGAAGAACCACGCACAGCGUCGAGGAGCAGAAAGAACAAUUCAUCUAAGAAGGCGGACUCCGAUUAUCAUGUUCACGAGGGAGAUCAUGAGGAGUCGUGGGCACCAUCAGCACGACAGGAUCAAGAUUUUCAUGAAGAUAAUCGUAGUUCUUGUAGGGACCACAGUAGAGACGAACCCCCCCAAAGACGGAGAUUAGCUUCUCAGCCAAGGACGCCUCGAAGAGGACAGCAGAGACUUUUCGGUCCUUAUUUGGAAACCAAUAGGAUGAAUCAUCUUCGGCAGUCACCGCUGAGGGAACCAAGGUGGUCAGAGCCGUUGCCGGCACCGUCAGAAAAACUUUUCGCGCUGGAAAAUCCAAGCCAGCGGGGAAGGGAAAGCAAUACUAGUCCACUUCCACAUACAACUCUCAACAGCCUUCACUUGGUAAAUGUGAUGAAUGAGAACUUCAACUCCUGUGGUGAAGAUGCAGAUCCUGUGAACAACUCCUGUGGUGAAGAUGCAGGUCAUGUUCCAGAGCACUCUUUGUCCUAUAGAAGAUCAAUGGGACCUAUAAUGCAUGCAGCACUUCAUGGUCGAGAGUAGAUGACAAAAAAUGGAGUCGAGUGUAGUAUGCCUCAUCGAUGAAUGGGAUGGGUAUACUACUUCGAGAUGCACCAGCAGAUGAGGAUGAAAUAAGGAGGUCAACGACUACUAGAUGACGUGAAUCAUGGGUAUCUAUACUACUUCGAGAUGUAGAUGAGGAUAAAAGGAGAUGUAAUCUCCAAAGACAGUCGUUGACGCUACUCCUUCUAGUUCUACUACCUUGUCGUGUGAGAGAAUCAAAAUCACAGCCAUUUUCUUCUAGUAGAAGGAUCCACUCUCCACCAGUUUCACUAUCAUGACUGCGGCUCUAAGAAGUCUUCUUCAAGCAAAAGAU